AUGGAUCUUGGUUUUUGUAAUUUUCUUCGGGUUGUUCCAUCUUCUCUUUGCAACGUUUCUGAACUCCCAUAUCUUGUUCUCUCAUCAAAUGAUUUCAAUGGCCAUCUUCCGUAUGAAGGAGGGAACCUUGAAAAGUUCACUAAAAUUGACCUUUCUGGCAAUCAAUUUAGUGGUGAAUUGCCUUCUUCACUUGGAAACCUCACACAGUUGAACUAUUUGUCUGUCGAUGACAAUAAUUUCAGUAGCCAAAUUCCAUCUUCACUUGGAAAUCUCUCACAAUUAGAAAGUGGUAGGGAAGAAACCCCCUUAGUUCGUCCAUUGAAGAAACUGUAUUUACUAGACCUGCAUUCCAACAUGUUGCGAGGACCAGUUGUUGUUCCUCCAAUAUCCACUAGGUACUUUUCUAUAUCAGAAAAUAGCUUGGUUGGAAGAAUUGACCCAUUGUUCUGUAAAUUUGGGGAUUUUCAAUAUCUUGAUUUGUCAAGUAACAAUUUGAGUGGUACAGUUCCUCAAUGUUUGGAUAACUUCAAUAGCUCUCUAUUGGUUCUAAAUCUAAGAAUAAGCCACUUUCGUGGUGAAAUGCCUCAUAUCUGUGGGUAUAGGAGCAAAUCAAAGACAUUGGACUUGAGCUGCAACCAAUUAUCUGGGAAGAUGCCGAACUCACUAAUUAAACGCAAAGAGCUACAAAUUUCAAAUCUGAGCCAAAAUCAUAUGGGUGACACAUUUCCUUUUUGGCUACAGUGUGUUAAAUCUUCAGGACAUAUUCCUUCAUCCCUAGGGAAUCUAGUUGAGCUUGAAUCAUUAGAUCUGUCUAACAAUAAGCUUUAUGGUGAAAUCCCUCAGCAGUAA